AAUGCAGAACUGGAUUCAACAAUGUGGUCAAUUGCGCAAGGCGUAAUACAAUUUAGGCUACCUGGAACGAUACUAUUGUCCAAUCUGUCUGCACGAGGGAAUGUCGCUCUGGCUGUCAUACCUCCCUGGAGCUGUCAGUUGACAGUACAACACCGAGCCGAAAGCAUCGUAGGAAAGAACACAGUUUUGAUCAAACGUAGAUUUUAGAUUUCUCCUCUUUGGCACUGGAACGGUUGGGCCACUGUCAUAUUUCGAGGCUGACCAACAAACGCGUAGGAGGGAGAAAAACCAAAAGGACUGAAUAGCUAGCUAGUUGCUAGUUAGCAAGCUAACGACCGUUAGCUUUGGCCAGUGCUGCCACUGCUCUGCUAAAGCGUUCGGUAGGAGUGUGCAGUACCAGUAGGCAGGCGAGCUGCGUUGGCAUUUUAGUGUAGUUGGUUGGGGAAAUGAUUGCUACGGUUGCAUUAACAUGUUUAUUUUAUUUCACCAUUGCGGUGUUAGCUUCCUAAAUGUUUUGCCUGGAUGCGUCCAGUCAGUAGCUUGGUUAGCCAGAGAGCAAUGCUACGUGACGACGUCGACUCAGUGAGGCUGUCGUGUCGGGGGUGAGGAGUUUGAGGAAGGAAGAGGUGACUUACGAUGUUGGGGGGAAGUGUUGGGUUAAUGAGCUAGUGGUGCGUUAGCUGACAGUGAAGGAAAUAACGUUAAUAUUUUACAAUACAUUAUCAACGACCGUCAUUUCGUUAACCAGCUAACUAAAAGCUAAUGCAAAUUAGAGAGGCUAGGUAAUACAGAAAAUACUGUUGUUUUCGGCUUGCUCGCAAGCUAAAUGCAGAGGGAGGGUGAUCAUUGAGUGGCUACUCUCUCAGCUCCAUAAAUAACUGUCACUGACUGAGUGAUAUCCAGCCUAUUUCACAUAACUAAAGAUGGCUACAGCGAGCAGCAUUGCCGCAUCUAUUGCGAGCAAGACGAAGACGAAGAAGAAACACUUCGUGGCUCAGAAAGUGAAGCUUUUCCGAGCCAGUGACCCUCUGCUCAGCGUCCUUAUGUGGGGAGUCAACCAUUCGAUCAAUGAGUUGAGCCAUGUUCAGAUCCCUAUCAUGCUGAUGCCUGAUGACUUCAAGGCCUACUCUAAGAUCAAGGUGGACAAUCACCUCUUCAACAAGGAAAACAUGCCGAGCCAUUUCAAGUUUAAGGAGUACUGUCCUCUGGUGUUCCGCAACCUUAGAGAACGUUUUGGCAUCGAUGACCAGGAUUUCCAGAACUCCCUAACCCGUUCAGCUCCGUUAAACAGUGAUUCCCAGGGUCGGAGUGGGGCUCGCUUCCACACCUCCUACGACAAACGCUACGUCAUCAAAACAAUCACCAGUGAGGAUGUGGCUGAGAUGCACAACAUCCUCAAGAAGUACCACCAGUUCAUAGUGGAGUGUCAUGGCAACACGCUGCUGCCUCAGUUCCUGGGGAUGUACCGCCUCACAGUGGACGGAGACGAGACCUACAUGAUCGUCACCAGGAAUGUCUUCUCCCACCGCCUCUCUGUCUACAAAAAAUAUGACCUCAAGGGCUCCACUGUGGCCAGGGAGGCCAGCGACAAGGAGAAGCAGCCACGCCCUCCUGAGGAUGCGCCACCGCGGCCCAAAUCUAACGUUCAGCAAAGGCUGCAAACGCUGCGGAUCGCCACGCGCUUUUACUGCGCCAUGAAACACGUAAGAGACGCCAAGGAGCUGCCCACCUACAAGGACAACGACUUCAUCAACGAUGGACAGAAGAUCUACAUUGACGAUGACAACAAGAAGAUGUUCCUGGAGAAACUACGUAAAGACGUGGAGUUCCUGGCCCAGUUGAAGCUGAUGGACUACAGUCUGCUGGUGGGGAUCCAUGACGUGGAGCGGGCUGAGCAGGAGGAGGUGGAGAGUGAGGAUAACGAGGGGGAUGAUGAGGGGGAGAGUGACGGAGGGAUUGGCACUCCCCCGGACUCCCCCAGUAACACCCUGGACAGCACCAAGCCCCUGUCCCCGGGGGAGUUUGACCCCACCAUAGAUGUCUAUGCCAUCAAGAGCAACGACAGUGCUCCUAGGAAGGAGGUGUACUUCAUGGCGGUCAUUGACAUUCUGCAGCAUUACGAUGCCAAGAAGAAGGCUGCUCAUGCUGCUAAGACCGUCAAACAUGGGGCGGGAGCUGAAAUCUCCACGGUAAACCCAGAGCAGUACUCCAAGAGGUUCUACGACUUCAUCACCACCAUUCUCUCAUAGCCCCCAGGGGAAGGGGAGGGGGCACUUAGGGAGAGGAGAGAUGGAGAGAAGGGAUGGGUGAGGGUGGGGUAUUGCGCUCCAUCUCUCCGUCAGCAAGGGAGUCCCUCUCAGCAGCUAAUACCAUCAUUCGUUUACAUACAUCUUCUCCGAUGUUACAUUGAACAGGAGAACUGCUAUUCUAGGUUCUAGUCUGUACUUUUUUAUUAGUUUGUUUUGUUUACUUUGGGAUUGUUUAUUUGUUUUUUUACUGCCUCUUAACACCACGUCCUCAACCUGCAUUGUUUUUGUUUGUUUGUUCUGCAUUCCUGUUU